AUGCUGAGAACGAUAGCUAGAAAUUUUACAGCCACGAGGAGAGCGCCACAGAAAUCACAGGGUUUGGAUUAUUUGCUAGAGAACAUGGAGCCUCUGCAGACGAGAUCCAGCGCGCAGAACCCGUCAGAGUAUCUGCCAGCAAGCUCCUUCAGAACUGGCCACAGCUACUACCCCUCGAGCUUUGGACACACGCCCGCACAAUUCUUCAAAAAGCCUUCAGCGCCCGAGGGUGUCAAGUUACCUGAUCUGAACAGGCUCUCUCUGUCCCCUAACGCCAUGUCUGUCUUCUUAACCUCGAUGGGCAAGAUACAAUCAAGGAGGAAGACCGGCUUGAGCUGGAAAGAACAGCGCAAACUGGGCAAGGCAGUCAGGAGAGCAAGACAGAGCGGUCUUUUGAACACAUUCGCCGUCGGGUCUAACAGGAAGUUGUAA